AAAAUCACCUUCUUCCUCUUUUUCUUCCACUUCACUAAAACUCCACAAAAAAAUGCUAAUUGGAGGUAAAAUUCGAGUGAUGAACGGAGAAGAUUGGAUUGAGAAUUUGCUGAAUAUAAAGUUUUUCGAAUCGUGUGGAUAUCACAGAGAAUUGAGAAGAAAUGAGAAGAAUAUGUUUUGUAUUGAUUGUAAUCUCUGUUUCUGCAAACACUGCGUAUCUUCUUCGUCGCAUUGCUUCCAUGAAUGGCUUCAAAUCUGCAAAUACGUUUAUCAUGAUGUUGUUAGACUUCAUGAGAUUCAGAAACAUCUAAAUUGUUCUGAAAUUCAGACUUACAAGAUUAAUGGUGAAAAAGCUAUACAUCUAAAUCCACGUCCUCAAUCUAAAGAUAACAAAACUUCAAAAUUAAAGGGGAAUGUAACUUGUGAAGCUUGUGGGAGACACCUUCAAGAUUUACCAAAUCGAUUUUGCUCCAUUGCUUGCAAAGUAUCCAUCGAUGCAAAUAUUUGCAAAGAACGUCAGAAGAACUACAUCUCCAAUCAAAUUACGAAAUUUGAUCACUCAAAUGAAAAUGAAUCUUGUAUCUCUUUGAAUGAGUCAUCGGAGGUAAUUCAAACAUGGUGCAUUUCACCUUUGAAACUAAAGAAGAAUUUGCACAAAAGGAAAGGUGUUCCUAGAAGAGCUCCUAUACGUUAAAUAUCGAUCAAAUAACACUACAAGAAAACUGUGAAUUACAUCAGGAUUUUCUUGGGGAUUGGUAUGAAAAUUUGCAGG